AUCGGGAAAGCAGAUAUCCUAGAUUUUUUGCAUCAUCUAUCAUUCCGAAGAGAAGCAGAUGGCCAUCGCCAGCUCUGGAGAUCUCUCCGCGGCAAUUGGGUCAGAUCACGACCGACUAAAAGAUCUGAAAGCCUUUGAUGACACCAAAACUGGCGUCAAAGGACUAGUGGACGCUGGCAUCGUCAAGAUCCCCAACAUUUUCAUCCGGCCGCCGGAGGACAUGAUCAUGACGUCAGCUUCUGAUCUGAUCGAUAUCCGUAUUCCAAUCAUAGAUAUGGAAGGCGUGGAAAGCGAUCGACGGUUGGAGAUUGUUGAUGAGAUCCGAAAUGCGUCCGAAUCUUGGGGCUUCUUUCAAGUAGUGAAUCAUGGGGUCCCUGUAAGUUUACUGGAUGAGAUGAUUAAAGGUGUUUGUAGGUUUUUCGAGCAACCAGAUGAGGUGAAGAUGGAAUACUACACGCGUGAUUUGAAGAGAAAGGUGCAGUAUUCUAGCAAUUUCGAUCUGUACCAAUCAACGGCUGCGAAUUGGAGGGACACGUUCUUUUGUGUGAUGGCCCCUGAUCCGUUGGAAUCUCAUGAAUUGCCCGCCGCUUGCAGGGAAAUAAAAAUGGAGUAUUCAAAGCAUGUCACAAGGUUAGGGACCACCCUAUUUGAGCUACUCUCAGAAGCACUUGGUCUCGACCCUAACUAUCUAAAAGACAUGGAUUGUGCCAAAGGCCAUACUCUUCUAUCUCACUACUACCCCCCAUGCCCGGAGCCUGACCUCACCCUCGGAACCACCCAUCAUUCGGACCCUGACUUCCUUACUAUCCUACUCCAAGACCAUAUUGGUGGCCUCCAAGUUCUUCAUCACAAUCAAUGGGUCAAUGUUAGCCCAGUGCAUGGAGCUCUUGUAGUCAACAUUGGAGAUCUUCUACAGCUUAUUUCCAACGACAAGCUCAAGAGCGUGGAGCAUAGAGUGCUGGCCAACCGUGUGGGCCCAAGGAUAUCCGUGGCAUGCUUCUUCACCACACAUUUUCAUCCAUCCACCAGAGUAUAUGGCCCAAUCAAAGAGUUGGUGUCUGAUGGGAAUCACGCAAAAUAUAAGGAAACCACGGUCAUAGACUUCAUUACUUACUACAAUUCAAAAGGUCUUGAUGGGAAAUCUGCCCUAGACCAUUUCAAGCUGUGAAAGAUAUCUACAUGCAUGGCUUAAGAGUUCCAUGGUAGUUUUUCACCAUAGACUUGUCCUCUCACGUGUGUCACUGAUGUACAACUAUGAAGAAAACUCAAACAUGUGGGUUCCACUGUAUGUGGGGAGAAUAUCUCUAACAUCAGGUGAUCAAGCAAUCCGAACCAUUCAAUUAAUGGCAAUCAAAUCAUGGUUCUAACGGACAAGUUGGGUUGACUCA